AUGUUUACUCAUCUCUCGGCCACACUUGCAGUUGGUGUGUAAUCCUCAUAAGAUGGCUAAGCGAAAAAUCCUAGCUAUGUUAGGGCUAGCUGCUCUACUACAUCUUCCAAUGAUGCUUCAAAAUACUAUCAAAUUGAAUCCUGAUGGUUCAUAUCAUAUUACAAACAAUGUGGAUUUAUUGUGCAGAGAACCUCAGUGGACAGUAUUCAACUAUUAUAAGAUGAUAAGAGAAUGUUUGCGAUUUUUCUUUGUUGCUCUUAUGACACUGCUUAAUGUGGUCAUUGCUCGUAAACUGCAAUUAAAUAAGAUCCGUCGACGUCGCCUUGUUAGGCGACACCGAAGGGAAUCAAAUUUAAUUCGAAGCUUUUCCGAGAAAAAGCUCACAGCUUUAAUGGUAGUAAUAUGUGUCAUAUUUAUACUUGGAAAUCUACCUCAAAUGCUUGUAAUGGUUCUUCAAAAUGAAGCCAUGGACAAUUUAUAUGGAUUUCAGCUUUAUCGCAAUAUUGCAAAUCUCCUCGAAGUCGUCAAUCACUGCCUCAAUUUCUAUAUAUUUUGUAUGGCUAGUAGCGAAUACACUCGUGCAUUUUUAUUGAAUUGCGUAUGCUUGAGGAAUGUCAUGUUAAAUUUCCCUAAUCUUGCAGAUUUUUUGGCUGCUAGAAGAAGUGACAGAAGCAGGAAUUAACC